CGCGUCCCGGGAAGUACGCCGCAACCGCCCGCGCCGCGCGACCUCCUCUCUACCCUCGCGCUACACGCACUCGUUUCAUUAUUGCUCUCGUACUCGUCAGCUCCGCAGUGGCGGGCGCGCCGCUCAUUGGCCCGGUCGGCUCUUGCACGUCGUAUUAUGAUAAUAUAAAUUGACCAACCGCGGGGCAAAUUCGGUUAGUUCGUUAAAGUUGAUUAAAGCCAUUUAACCGGGACGUACGGGACAGUACGAACGGCCGCUCGCGCUCUGUUCAGCUAGUGUGCGGUGCCGGCAGCACCACGGAGCCCGCGGAGGCCGGCGCGGCGGCGGGCGGGGCGGCGCCCGCCGACGGCUACAUGUUCGUGUGCGAGGCCGCGCGCUACGACUGCGGGUUCGAGCCGGCGCCGCUCGACGCCGCCUUCGACGACCACAUGUUCGGCGAGUUCGGCAAGGAGCGGCACGACGUGUACCGCGACUACCCGCCGCCGCCGGAGCGCCGCCGCGAGGCCGACCCGCCGCCCGCGCCCGCGCACCCGCCGCCGCCACCCGCGCCCGCCACCACCACCACCACCUCCAAGAAGAGCGACAAGAAGAAGAACGACAACAAUGGCAUCAAGAAGAAGAAAACUAGGACGACGUUCACCGCGUACCAGCUGGAGGAGCUGGAGCGCGCGUUCGAGCGGGCGCCCUACCCCGACGUGUUCGCGCGGGAGGAGCUCGCGCUCAAACUCAACUUAACUGAAUCACGAGUACAGGUAUGGUUUCAAAACAGAAGAGCGAAGUGGCGGAAGCGCGAGCCGCCGCGCAAGACCGGCUACAUCGGGUCCAGCUCGCCCAGCUCCACCACGCUGAGCGGCGGGUUCCAGGGCCUGGGCGGCGCGCUGCCCGCCUUCCCACAGCCCGGCGCGCCCGCGCCCAGCGAGCCCUGGGCCUACCAGCACUCGUACGACCUGUCGUCGCACCACCUGCUGUCGCCCGGCUCGGCGGGGUACCCCGCCUUCACCCCCGCGCCCGCCUACUCGUACACGACGGUGCUGAACGGGCACGACGGGCAGAUGUUCGCGCAGCGGCACUACGAGUACGGCGGGGGCUCGCCGGGGCGGGAGUACGCGCUGGCGGGGGCCGAGGGGUCGCCGGCGCUGGACGAGGAGCGCUACUGCCUGCACGAGGAGGCGCCGCGCUUCGCCGCCGACUACGAGCCCGAGCCGCCGCCCGACCACGUCGUCGUCAAGAUGGAACCUGCGCCCGCGCAGCCCUACACCACGUUGCCCCCUUUUUUGAACUGAAAUACUCCUUUUCGAAACUAUCCUAUACCGGGCAGGAGAGCUGACUCCAAAUAAGUUCGUACAUAAAUAUCAAAUGAAUUCGUGUCAGUUCCAUCGGUAUGAUUCCUUGGUUUAAUAUAUAAGUCACAGUAUACAUAACCGAUAAAGUGCUGAUACGAAUAAGCUGCAAAAUUUGCUAAACCUAUGAUAAGUUGAUUCCACAAUGCAGAGCAUUUAUCAAAUCUCAGUAUUGUGACAUCACCUUUCUAGGUACCAGCUAAAUAAGAGCUUCUCAUUCUCCUCCCUGCGCCUAGCACUAACAGAUGGUGCUUAGAGUAAUUUCGAAAAGGAGUAUUACAUCCGAUUGAUAACUACUGAAUUUAAAUCGAGUGCCUCUUAAGUAUAAGUAUAAAUAGUUGUUUAAGGUACAAAAUUUUAUAUGUUUUUUACGAUAUAAAUACGAUAUAAGUAAUCUGUAAAUAUUACUGUAAUUUGAAAUAUAUAUUUUUAGAGGAUUUCUAUCAAAGAUUUUUUACGUUAAAGAAAUUAUACCAAUGAUAUGAUUACCUAUUUUAGCUACAUAAAGAAGGAAGUUUCAUAUGGGUAGGUCUACUGUAACCACCAAUUGUGUAGAAGUGGUGAGGUGGGAUGUCAGCAGCAGAAGUUUAGUGUCCGUAUCAGCCAUCACUGCUACCAAGAGAUGCCUUCAGCGGUCAACCUAUAUUAAUGAGCUCCUUACUAUAUACAGCGUGUACCAAAUAAUAUUUUAAGUAUAUUUGUGACUGGCUUACAGCCAGCACAUAUUGAUCAAAGAAAAUUUAAUAUAGGUGCUUUCCUUUUACUCUGUGGCAUUCUGCCCAAUUUUUAAUUGACGUUUUAAAUAUGUGUUACGUUCUGGUUAUGUGAAAACGUUAUAAUAUUAAGUUUUUAGAAGAAACUACGGUAGAUAUUAUCGAGUUCUAUUAAGUAUCUUCUGGAGCAUUCCUUGUGCCUUAUUAAUUUAAUUAAAGUAGAAGUAGGUAACUACUAAACAUAUAAGACAUAUUUUAUAUUUAUUGUAGUGUCUAUGUACAGUUAAUGUGUGUGUUUACUAAUUUUAGUUUUUAUAAUGAUAAAUCAAUAUCCAGAUACUAUGAAUAUAUGGUUUUUAAAAUUUCUUAAUUAUAGGAAAUUAAUGAAAUUACUUAGAAUUUUUGGGUACUUUUGGAAGUUUACUUAAAGUGGUAAGAAAGUACUUUAGUUGUGAAUUUUGUGCCAAUAAAUGUCCGUAUUUAUUUAAAAGGGACGUUAGUUGCUAAGAUUUUUUUAUUGUUAAGAUUAUUUACUAUUAAUCAGUACCUACAGGAUACUCAUUCACCUUUCUAUGUGAAAAUCAUACUACUGGAUAAUCAUUAAGUACAUAAAUAAAUUUAUUUAGGUAACUAAACGAUUGCACCUUUAUAACAUUUGUGUGGUAUAAGCAUUACCAUAUAGCUUGUCAUUUGGCCCUCACUGAGUUCUAAGGAUCAUGUACCUAGCAUGAAAAAAUAUUAUUAUCCAUAUCCAUAUAAUAUAAUUAUAGUACUUGAACCUGGAACUCUAUGUUGGCAGCACCAAAUCAAACAAAAAGCAGACGUGAAGUUUCAUAUGGUAAAUGAAUUGCCCCAUGUUUGAUCUCUUUUUUGUUAUACCAUCUACAG